AUGAUUUACGUUCUAAGUCAGGCCAGCAUGAAUAUUCGAAGAUGGGCUACGAACUCCCCAAUUCUAAAUGAAGCUUGGAAACAAGCUAAUGUUAACCGUCGUGAAACAUCCGAACAAUUAGGUGUGCCAUUAAAAAUUCUUGGACUCAUUUGGGACAAUAUCAACGAUAAAUUUACCAUAGACAUUCAUCAAAUUUCUAAGAUGAAGGACAGUAAUCUUUCAAAGCGAUUGAUUCUGAGCAUCUGUGGGAUGCUGUUUGAUCCAUUGGGGAUGAUAACCCCUUUUACUGUCAGAAUGAAGUUGUUACUACAGAACACCUGGGAACGGGAGCUGAAAUGGAAUGAACCACUACCACCGGACAUUCAAGAGACAUUUCUGUCAUGGCUGGAUGAGGUAAAAACUAUCCCUCAGAUUUCUUUGCCUCGUCCUUACUUCCUUGAUGCAGAGACUCCAAAGACUGAAAUUCACAUUUUCACCGAUGCAAGCCCAAAGGCUUAUGGUUGUGUGGCCUACUUCAGGAAAGUGACCAAAGGGAAGGUGAACUCCAGUUUCAUAGUGGCGAAAUGCCGCCUAGCUCCAUUGAAAAAAUUGAGUCUGUCCAGACUCGAACUCAUGGGAGCCCUUGUUUCUGCCAGAUUAGCAGAAUACUUAAAACGAGCAUUUCCCUGGAUUACAUCUGACCACAUCUUCUUCUGGUCGGAUUCGCAAAUCAACCUUCAUUGGAUAAAAGGAGACCCUCUACGAUGGAAGGAGUUUGUGAGAAAUCGCGUACGGGAGAUCCAAGAGAAAACCAAUCGAGACCAGUGGAAUUACUGCAGAGGAAAGACGAACCUCGCAGACAAGUUAACCCGACGACUGUCUAUCCGAGUAUUAGCGCAAGAUGAUGUUUGGUGGCAUGGUCCAGACUGGUUGUUUAACCCAGAUCUAUGCCUUGACAACACAGUGAACAGCGAAUUCAACGAAGAUGAAGUAGCAAACGAAUUAAAGAAAGACUAUGUUCCAGCGAGCAACCUAGUAAUGACUGUAACCGGAACUAAUUGUGAUGAUUUUCUCGAUGAACUUCUCAAAAUCACAAAUGACUAUGUAAAACUUAUUCGUAUUAUUUCAUAUAUUUUAAGAUUUUCAGCUAAUUUCAGGUACCCUCAGUCAAGGACUGCAAAGCCCAUUACGGCUGAUGAAAGGAUUCAGGCAGAAAACCAAUUAAUCCGAAUGGUUCAACGUGGUAAGUUUCAGGAGGAAAUUAGAGAUUUGAAAAGAGGUAAGAAUGUUUCAAAUAAAAGUAAACUGUCAUCCUUAGAUGUAUUUUUGGACGAAAAUGAUAUUCUAAGAGUGGGAGGCAGGUUAAAGAAUUCCAAAUUAAAUGUUUAUUCAAAAUAUCCUAUUGUGUUACCAUCGAAUCUUAUUUUAACUUACAAUAUUUUAGUACAUUAUCAUAAGAAAUAUUUACAUUUGGGAGCACAGGCUUUGUUGUAUCAAGUACGUCAUAAAUUUUGGCCAAUCAAUGGUAAACAUAAUUGUAAAAAGGUGAUAUUUAAUUGCAUUACUUGUGUGAAAAACAAACCUGUUUUAACAUCCCAAUUAAUGGGUGAUUUACCAGCUGAUCGCGUAGCCCCUAAUCAUGUAUUCAACAUUACUGGUAUUGAGUUUGCUGGCCCAUUCUUCUUAAAAUUCAAAAAUUAA